GGCUUCGGGGGAUUAAUUGUGCACCAAUGAUGCACUACUCAAACUGGCUUGUUGGCGUGAAAAACAGGGCAAGCCUCCGAAAUGCAUGCAAAACACCCCCUAACAGCGACUGGAACAAUAGGGGAAAUGUUGUGGACGUGAAAAACAACAACCCGGGGACGAAUGAAAAGACGUCCGAGCGGAACAUCGCGCAACACCUCUGGAGAAAAGGCUACAAAAUCAUCAAAAAGAUUGGCGAGGGAACAUUUUCCGAGGUGGUGAAAACUCAGAGCCUGAAAGAUGGAAAGUUCUACGCAUGUAAAACCAUGAAGCAGACUAUAAACAGUCUGGAGCAGGCCAACAACCUGAGGGAAGUCCAGGCUAUGAAGAGACUGAGCCCGCAUACAAAUAUCAUCCAGCUCCAUGAACUGAUUUUUGACAAGGAAACUGGAACAGUGUCUUUGAUUUGUGAACUGAUGGAGAUGAACAUCUAUGAGUUCAUACAAGGAAGAGAAACACCACUGCCUGACCACACAGUAAAGAACUACAUGUACCAGCUUUGCAAGUCCCUUGAACAUAUGCACAGCUGUGGGAUCUUUCAUCGAGACGUGAAGCCCGAGAACAUCCUCAUCAAACAAAGCGGUCUGAAGCUGGGCGACUUCGGCUCAUGUCGGAGCGUGUACUCCAAGCCCCCGCACACGGAGUACAUCUCCACACGCUGGUACAGAGCCCCCGAGUGCCUCCUCACCGACGGAUACUACAGCCUCAAGAUGGACAUGUGGAGCGCUGGAUGUGUCUUCUUUGAGAUCAUGAGUUUGAAUCCUCUCUUCCCUGGGACCAACGAGCUGGACCAGGUCGCCAAGAUCCACGAUGUGUUGGGGACUCCAGAUCACGGCAUCCUCAAAAAAUUCAAGCAGUCCAGAGCGAUAAACUUCAACUUCCCCCCUAAAAAAGGCAGUGGCAUCUCCCGGUUAGUCCCUAAUUGCCCGGCUCCAGCUCUGUCUCUGCUCUAUCAGAUGCUCGCCUACGACCCGGAUGAACGCAUCACUGCAGAAACCGCCCUGCGACACACAUACUUUAGAGAAAUCAGGCUGGCAGAGAAGAAAUCAGGACCUCUUCACAGACUGUCAGACACUAUUGAUGGAGUAGAUGGUAGUGGGACACACAACUCCUUAGACCACAUCUGGCGCCCGGCCAGAUGUGGAAAACAACUGAGGGGAAGACACACGAGGCAAACACCUUUAAUGAGCCACAACAUGAAGCAUGUAGCAGAGACCCUCAUCAGAAGGAACAUCCCCCAUUAUCCUGCAGAGCUGCCCAAGCUCAACAUGGUAGUUUCAGGACCGCAGAUCUCCUUCCCUGCCUCCACGAUGCCUGUGUUCCCGGUCAGCCACCGGGGCACGCUGCCAACCAUCCCGUCAAAAAAGUGCCAGUCGAGGUUGGCCAAGCCCCGGGAUGAGUCACACCGCGCAGCUUUCAAGACCUACUGCAUGCCACCGCUGGAUAGGAAACAUGGAGGCUACUGAGAGCCAAAGACAGGGUUUGGUUCAGAUUCACCUCUCGGAAACAGGAUGGACCAGAUAAACAGAUUGUUGGGAGGACAAUGUCUGGACAGGCCUGAUGUCAGAAUCUGUAAAGCAACACAAACAUACAAAGGAAGACCGCCAAGCCUGUCAAGAGAAACUGAUGAACCGUCACUGUCAUGAUCUGUAAAACCAACAAUAAUAGAGUCUGUCGUAUUACGUUGGAUUGAGUGUGUUAUUUCCUCAUGACCUCAGUUUUACUUGAGCCAGUCCGGUGGAACAUGUUUACAUCGGUUUAGAAAUAUACUUCAGUCUGAGCAUACGAUACAAGAUAAGCAAUAUGUGUUUUUUUUUUGUGAACAGCUGUUUACCAGAGCUGGAAAAAAAAAUGGUAUAAAUGAUUUGGUUGAAUCGUUCAUACUCUUGGGGGGGGGGAACAGAAAGCAUUGUAAAAGCAGUCAGACCUCAUGGACUUGUUCUGGUUGUAUUGUGUCAUGCUCUUGGGAUCUCUUUAGGAACCGGUCUUGACUUAUACGUUCCUCUCCCUUCACUGUGAUGCACUGUAAAGGUCACAAGUUCAUUGAUGUUUAAGUUGGAGGAAUGAGAACACAAGUAUGUUAUUGUAGUCGACAUGUGAGGUACAUUUUGACACAAUUCAUAUGAACAAAAAAAAACCCCAGUAGGAGUAUUUAGGAAUAACAGAAAAAAAAAAUAAGCAUUGACACCUUGAGGGGCUAAGUCAAAGUCCAGAGACCUGGAUCCAUACUACUCUUUGUGAGACUGCAACAAUGAUUUCUGAGUCCCGCCAUGCAGGCAGAAUCUCAGUCUGAAAUGAUGAAAAAUACACAGUGCAGUUUAAACUGUGAAGAUCUUUGAUUCAAAGUCACAGAGCAUUAAAGAGGAAACAUCUUAAAGCAGGUUGAACUUCUUUGAACAGGCCCAGAGUCUCUCUUCAGAGGAUGUAAAUGAACUCCUGAAGACGGAUCUGCUUUAGUCUUCCAAAAGGUGAACAGCAAAAAAAAAAAAAAGUGCUACUAAAGGAAAUAUUUUCAAGGCCUUUGGUCCAACUCUAAUCAACAUGAAAGGCCCAAAAUAAUUCCCCUUUUAAAUAAACUUUGUAAAUGUAAACAUCUGCUUCUUAACAGUCAGAAAAUGCAGAUUUAAUCUGAGAAUUGUUUUAAUGUUUGUUUAAGAUGUAGUGUGAUCCAUCCCCUCUCCUUACUACCUGAAACUGUGGCUUUAAAGAAAGCAUAGUGUCCUGCAGAGCUGAACGCUCUUUAGAUUUACCCGCUGAGCCGUGUGUGAAGGUUACACAAAAUACCCCUGAAUAAAUGUGACGCAUCAAUCGAAUGAUGUCGUCACUGAACCUGCACAUUACUUCAGAUUGUUACAUAAUGCCGAUGUCAGGACUGAAAAAUGUUGAAGCUAAUUUAUAAAAAUGUUUGAUCUUUAAAAAAAAUAAUAAUAAAGUGGGAAUUCUUUAAUUUAAUGCAAAUAAAAAAAUACUAACUUCCUUUCCCAACAAGACGAGGUCACUGGACCCUUCAACAAUGAUUGUUUAUCAAACAGAAAUAAAGCUCAUGAUUCAUGCAGCUGUGUCAAAAGACAGACUCUUGUGUCCUCGUGAAAUCCUUCUGGUGUGUUUUCUUAUUAAAUUCCUUAAAAGGAAGAAAACUGCAGGAUAAAAAGUUCCAUGGACUACGAAUACAUUUAGCUGUAAAUGACCUUAUAGCUAACUCUGGUACCGUUAAUAGGCUGUACACUGUCCCUGUCAAAAUAAACAAACAAAUAAAUAAAUAAAUGUUUCAUCCCUUUUUUUCCCAUAACUGAGACAUAAUGAGAUCUUGUUUCAAUGUUAAGAUUUGGAUGUUGCAGCUCUGUGAUGUUCAUGCAGUACAGAGAGGUGAACACAAAAAGAAGAGGAGAAAACAGUGUAUUCAAGAUUAUUUUAAUAUUAUUAAUAUGUAUACUUUAGGCUUUAGAAAUAUAACUAUUAAUGACAAACCUUCCACUGGAGUAAUGGUAGUUUGCUUAGGCCCCCAACAAAUCAAUUAAUUACAAUAUACACAUUAUGGUACAGAGCAGAUCUGAAUCUGAAAUAAUAUUAAAAUAAAUGCUCAAUAGAUAAAGGUUUUAAUAGUUGUUGUUUUUUUGUUUUUUUUUUAUCUUUUUCUUCACCUACUGUAUUAGCCAUCUGUGAGUUCUGAGCACACCCAACAAUGUAAAGCCAUUUCCUCUAAUAAAACUAAUUUAAGUGCAAAAUUUCUUCUUUCUUUAAAAAGACUAUGAUUGCAGCAUCCAGCUUUAUAGAAUCAGAUUUCAAGACUGAGGAUGUUAAAGCCGAGUGCAACAAGGCAGUCCUCAACCCUCUUCUUUUUUUUUUUUUGUUCCGCUAGAGAGGUUUUUAAAAAACAAACAACAAAAUAACAAAAUCAGUGCAAAGUCGUUGAGAUGGGGAGAUUCUAAGAAGAAAAGACAGCUGGGUUAAUGUGGAUGGAUGCAACAAUUUUCAGAUGCCAACGCGCUUGAUUACUAAACGGAUAGUUCAUCUAAAAUUCAAAUUUGAGUCACCAACCAUUGGCGAGUAACCGCGCUACCACAAAGAUUAUGAACAUUAAAUGAACUAUCCCUUUAAUCUCAAGCCACAAUUGUACGGUUUGCAUCUAACAAAGCCAAGCUUUAUUUCCAGAGGGGUCACAGUCUGAUGAGCGUCGACAUGAAAGAAAGAUUUUU